AUGAGCAGUGGCAGUAAAAGAGAGAGGGAGCAGAAGAGGAAACUGCAGCACUUCCUGAGUGACCUGGCUCUGCUUGGAUCAUUACAGGGCUUUAAAUACUUCCAGCCUUGGCUCAGAGGGAAAGAAGAGUUGCUGCUGACUGUCGUCAAUGAGGAUCUGGGUUGGCGUUCCCCGGGCUUUGUGGUGUCCAGAGCCUCCUCCUACUCCUCCACCAGCAGCUGUAACAGCAGCGAUGUCUCCCCCAGCAGCAGCUCCCCCAGCCUGGCCAGUCGGAGCAGCUCUCCCCUGCCCGGGGAACCUCCAGGCCCACGAGACCUGCAGCCGCAAACACACACCAAGACUCAGCCACAGACUGCCAGGGACCCCUGCAGUGAGGAGCAUCUUCUCCCAGCAUCUCCUAGUGAAAGAGAGAUAGCAGUACCUGAGGUGAACUGCACUCUUUUUUUAUUAGCCGGCUAUGUGAAGUACGGCCGACCUUACGCCUGGAUACGCUCCAAUCACGAGCGCCUGGUCAACAUAGGAGGCACUGAUUCAAUGGUCAAGGACACGCCCAUGAAACUCAAGUCCAUCGCGGACUGGCAGACACGAGGUAUUCGUGUGUGGGACAUCGUCAGUGAAUUGGUGUGCCUGUGCACUGUACCGUCUCCAUCAAACCCCUUCGCCCUGGACAUGCGUUACAUCCAAAGUCUUCCCCUCCCGGACCGAUUCCUCGUCACGGGCGCUCUCCUCAGCUUCCUGGAGAUGUACGUGGUCUACGGGAACCGGGACGAGCUGCACUAUGACAAAGUCGUAGAGGAGGUGAAGCCUCUGAGGCGUCUCCACGUCCAAUCCCUGCUGGAGUUACAGCGCCACAGGGAGACCUCCAGGCUAAGCAUCGGUCCAGCGGUGCAGGACUGAUCCCCAUCAAGAUGAGAUAUCCUCAGCGCACUUUUAACCUUUGGUAGAAAAAGAGAGACAGUAAAUAGGUUAAUAAUGUGGGAUGUCACUUACGUGAAAGACUGUCUGUAAUUGUGUUUUAAUGAUUUUUGUGCUGUGGUGUGACUCAUGAGUAUUUAUGUAACCUGUGUGAACAAAAUUCCUGAAGAGAGCUCUCG